AUGCAGUCUACCACCGAUGUAUUAUUAGCUAAGAAUGAAGCUCUUUUCAAGAAGGCUACUGAACACAAUUUAACUAAAGAGCUAUGCCAGGGAACGCUUAAAGAUCGCACUCUGUAUAUUUAUUUAGCUCAAGACGUUCAGUUUUUUGAGACAGGAUUGAGACUGUUGUGCAAAUUAACUUCAUUAGCGCCUUCUACGUUCAGUUUGAUUACGCUUGCUAAAAAAAUUGGCUUCUUCGCUAGUGACGAGAAUACGUAUUUUGAAAAUGCUUUAAAGUUACUAGGAGGUUCGGUCGCUGAAGAGCAGCGUGAAGCCUUCAAGGCGCAAAAGAUAGGUGACAUCAAAAGUUAUGUCGAUUUUCUGGAAGAAAUGACAAACUCUACAAAAUAUACGUAUGCAGAGUUGGUCACAUAUCUCUGGGUUGCCGAACAAGUAUAUUGGACAUGGGCCCGUGAUUCUCCAAGAAAGGAAAAUUUGCAUUGGAAAUACCAAACUUGGAUUGAUUUGCACGAUGGGGAACAUUUCCAGGUUUGGUGUGAAUUUUUGAGGGACGAAGUUAACAAAUAUUCUGUCGCAGAAGUUGAAGAAAUGUUCAAAAAAGUCUUGCAAAUGGAGUACGAAUUUUUUGAAACGAGCUACAGUGCAUAG